AUCCAAUGUGACUACAGCAACACACUCGGCAUGAGUAAGAGGACAUGGACUGGGGAUGGGUAGCACGGAUUAUAAUAUGAAAAUAGCAGUUUUACCAGGUUGGAAGUUGAAUAUGCACGUUUAUGGAUAAUAGUUUGAAGGAAAUCUCAUGUUUUGCAGUUUAAUAGCGGGGAAUCAUGUUCCGGCAAAGUAAAACAGUUCUCCAGAAACUUCGAUGUUUAAGUUUUCAGAGACAAAGUCAAUGGAGGUACAGGACCACCUCAGCAACAGAGAGAGCACUGCAGUAUCAGGCUGGACAAAAGAUCCAUGGCUUUACUGUCAAAGAGGUUGUUGCUGUUCCUGACUUGUUCCUGACAGCUGUCAAGCUAACCCAUGACAACACAGGGGCUCAGUAUCUGCAUGCAGCCAGAGAUGACUCCAAUAACCUCUUCAGUGUUCAGCUCAGGACUACCCCCUUGGACAGUACAGGUGUCCCACACAUCCUGGAGCACACGGUGCUGUGUGGCUCAGAGAGAUACCCCUGCAGAGACCCCUUCUUCAAGAUGCUCAACAGGUCUCUCUCCACUUUCAUGAACGCCUUCACAGCCAGUGAUUACACCAUGUAUCCGUUUUCCACACAAAAUGCCAAAGACUUCCAGAACCUUCUCUCUGUCUACCUGGAUGCAGUCUUUUUCCCUUGCUUACGGGAAUUAGAUUUUUGGCAGGAGGGAUGGAGACUAGAGAAUGAAGACCCUACAGAUCCCAGUACACCACUGGUCUUUAAAGGCGUUGUCUUCAAUGAAAUGAAAGGAGCCUUUUCAGACAACGAGCGAGUGUAUGCCCAGCAUCUGCAGAACAAGCUGUACCCAGACCACACCUACUCUGUGGUGUCUGGAGGGGAGCCCCUGGCCAUCCCCGACCUCUCCUGGCAACAGCUCAGAGACUUCCACGCCACGCACUACCACCCCAGCAACGCACGGUUCUUCACCUAUGGUGACCUGCCCCUGGAGCAACAUCUGAAGCAGAUCCAGGAGCAGGCUCUGUCCAGGUUCCAACGCAGCGAGCCCAACACUGCCGUCCCCAACCAGCCUCACUGGAGCAGCCCGAGAGAGGAGCAUGUUACGUGCAGUCCCGACGCCAUGGCCCCUGACCCAGCCAAACAGAACACCAUGUGUAUGAGCUACCUGCUGGGAGACAUCACAGAUACGUUUGAAGCCUUCACCCUGAGUCUGCUGUCCUCCUUGAUGAUCUCUGGGCCCAACUCUCCGUUCUACAAGGCCCUCCUCGAGCCCAACAUCGGGACAGACUUCUCCUCUGUCGUCGGAUAUGAUGGGAGCACCAAAGAGGCGUCGUUCAGCAUCGGUCUCCAAGGGAUGGCUGAGGAGGACAUCGAGAGAGUCAAGAGCAUCAUCGGCCAAACCGUGGACGACAUCAUCGCGGAGGGCUUCGAGGACGAGAGGAUCGAGGCUCUUCUGCACAAGCUGGAGAUCCAGAUGAAGCACCAGUCCACCAGCUUCGGCCUAUCCCUGGCCUCCUAUAUCGCCUCCUGCUGGAACCACGAUGGAGACCCAGUCCAGCUGCUGAAGAUCAGUGAGGACGUUGCCAGGUUCAGACAGGCCCUGAAGGACAACCCCCGCUUCCUGCAGGACAAGGUUCAGCACUACUUCAAGGACAACACUCACAGGCUGACCCUGACCAUGAGUCCUGACGAGGCCUACCUGGACAAGCAGGCCAGGACUGAGGAGGACAAACUGCAGCUGAAGAUCCAGGCUCUCUCUGACAGCGACAAACAGGACAUCUACCAGAAAGGUCUCGAGCUGUUGACAGCCCAGAGCCAGACCCAGGACGCCUCAUGUCUGCCUGCACUCAAAGUGUCAGACAUAGAGCCCACGAUAGCACUCACACCUGUGGAGCUGGGCACUGCAGGCGGGGUACCAGUGCAGUACUGUGAGCAGCCCACCAACGGCAUGGUGUACUUCAGAGCCAUGUGCAGCCUCAACACUCUGCCCGAGGACCUCAGGCCAUACGUCCCCCUCUUCUGCAGUGUCAUCACCAGGCUAGGCUGCGGGAGCCUGGACUACAGGCAGCAGUCCCAGCAGAUGGAGCUGAAGACAGGAGGCAUGUCGGUGUCGACGCAGGUCAUCCCCGACUCGUCCGAGUUGGACGUGUACGAGCAGGGCAUCCUACUCAGCUCUUCCUGUCUAGAGAGGAACCUUCCAGACAUGUUCCACCUGUGGAGCGACACCUUCAACAGCCCCCGCUUUGACGACGAGGAGCGCUUUCGAUCGCUGGUCAUGAUGUCGGCGCAGGAGCUGGCCAAUGGGAUCUCGUACUCGGGUCACAUGUACGCCAUGAGCCGGGCGGCCCGCAACCUGACCCCUGCUGGUCACCUACAGGAAGUGUUUGGAGGGAUGGACCAGGUCAAGUUUAUGAAGAGGAUGGCUGAGACACAGGAUCUUUCACUAGCACUACGAACUCUUCAAAGGAUCAAGAGACACCUGCUCAACCCGGAGAAUAUGAGGUGUGCCCUGAACGCCACUCCUCAGAUGGUGUCUGGGGCCGCUGGCCAGCUGGAAGACUUCAUGAUCAACAUCGCAGCCAAUAAGAAGCUGCGCAAAGACGUCAGACCAAAUAUCACUGAGAGACCAUUGAACCCACUGGAAACCCCUGGGUCUGGGCCCAGUAGAAAACUCAUUUCAGAGCCUCACUUCAAGCCCUGCCAGAUGAAGACCUUCUUCCAGCUUCCGUUCCCCAUCAACUUUGUCAGCGAGUGCAUCCGCACGGUCCCCUUCACCCACCAGGACUACGCCAGUCUGUGUCUCCUGGCGAGGAUGAUGACAGCCAAGUUCCUGCACGGAGAGAUCCGGGAGAAGGGAGGAGCCUAUGGGGGCGGGGCCAGAAUGGGGGGAGGAGGCCUCUUCACCUUCUAUUCAUACAGGGAUCCCAACUCGAUGCAGACCCUGUCGGCGUUCCGGAAGGGUGUGGAGUGGGCCAGGGAGGGCCAGUUUACCCAGCAGGACAUUGACGAGGCCAAGCUGUCAGUCUUCUCAGCGGUCGACUCUCCCGUCGCCCCGUCAGAUAAAGGUAUGGGUCGCUUCCUGAGUGGCGUCACAGACGAGCUGAAGCAGGGUCACAGAGAGAGACUCUUCGCUGUGACAGACAGAAGCUUGGUGGAUGUCGCUGCAAGGUACCUCGGUAUUGGACAGAGAACAUGUGGAGUGGCCAUUUUAGGACCUGAUAAUGAUGCGAUCAAGAAGGACCCAUCCUGGAUAAUAAAAUAAUGGAUUCACGAACAUGUUCAACACAAAACAGUGUCAUAGCAGGUGAACAUCAGUGUUAUCCUUGUUGACUCUUUGAUAAAUGCUCUGAAGUGAACUCAUGUCUCAAUGAACUUGUGUCAAGGAUUUUGGCCAAUAAUUAUUUAUUCCCCAAAUCAGGCAAAAACUGUUCUAACCUCACAUCAGCAGUCAUUAUGAACAUAUCAAUAUACACUCUUUCAUUUAGUUUGAUGUUAGGGUCCAAACCACUCCAACAACUGUACUGGUGAAAGAAGUAUCAGCAGGUACAUCAUGUUACAUGACAGGAAGUUUUUCAUGUUAUUUCCAUAGAGUACAUGUAUUUAUGAGAAUUUGCUGGAAUUAUGUAUCUAUUAAACCUUUGACUGAU